AUGUCUAAUAUAGAAAAAGUAGUAAGAGAAAAGAAAGAAGAGGAAGAAGAGGAAGAAGAGGAAGAAAAGGAAAAUAUAAAAGUUAUUAUAGUUAAGAAAGAGGCUAAGGCUAAAGUAGCUACAGAAGUAGCUAUAGUUAAGAAAGAAGUAGCUAUAGAAGUUAUUAUAGAAGUAGCUGUAGUAAAGAAAGAAGUAGCUGCAGAAGUAGCUAUAGAAGUAGCUAUAGUAAAGAAAGAAGUAGCUAUAAAAGUAGCUAUAGAAGUAGCUACUAUUAAGAAAGAAAAGAAAGAGGAGAAAGAGGUUAUAGAGGUUACUACUAAAGUUAUAGAAGUUACUACUAAGGUUACUAUAGUUAAGGCAGAGAUACCUACUAGAAAGCGGUUAGGCUCUAGUAGUUUUAGUAAUUUACUACUACUACCUAUACGCGUAAAGCUGCUAGAUCCUGUAAAGAAACUAAGCCUAUUUAAGAAGAAGCCUACUAGUAAGCUAGAGGAGCCUACUAGUAAGCUAGAAGAGUUAGCUAGUAAACUAGAGAAGUUAGCUAGUAAGCUAGAGAAGUUAGCUAGUAAGCUAGAGGAGUUAGCUAAUAAGCUAGAGAAGUUAGCUAGUAAGCUAGAGAAGUUAGCUAGUAAGCUAAAGAAGUUAGCUAUAACUAUAGUAAACUAUAAAGUGCUACAGCGCCUAUUUCUAGAAAGCUAUACCUCUAAUAUAGAAGAGCUAGGCCUAAGAGAGCUACCUCCUAGCUCUAUACUUAUACAUUUAUAUAACACUAGUAUAGGUUACUACUCUAGCUAG